AUGGCUUCGGGUUACAUGGAAUGGAUUAUUGCGAAGGGCGAGAAAUACUCAGAGAAUCACAGCUGUACCGUUUCGUUUUAUAGAAGCCAUCAGGAUUCUCAUGGGUUGAAAUUCUAUGCAGAGCUCUAUUCAUGCGAUUCGAAUCAUGCCCCAGAACGAGUUGAUGACCCAGGGGUUCGCUGUGUUGGAAGUAUUUGUACAGACUUGACAGGUGUCGAUCUUGGCUUAUUUGAUUGCAAGUAUAGCACAACCGGGAGAGUCUACAGAGUUGAAUUUGACCUGAAGGUGGUCUUUGGCGCUCGAGAGGGCCUGCUUAAAUUCGAAACCAUCUGCCAAGGGAAAGUCAUUGGCAGGACAACCAUCGAUUUCAGCACGACAAAAUUCUACUGA